AAAGGAAAAUUCUACCAUUGCCUGGGUGUUGAUAUACGAAAUAUCACAAAUAGGUCUGACUGCAUGGCUGCCAAUUACAAAUGGGUACAUCACAAAUACAACUUUGAUAAUCUGGGCCAGGCUUUGAUGUCGCUCUUUGUUCUGGCUUCCAAAGAUGGCUGGGUUAAUAUUAUGUACAAUGGACUAGAUGCUGUGGCUGUGGAUCAACAGCCAGUGACCAACAACAACCCUUGGAUGCUACUUUACUUCAUUUCUUUCUUACUCAUCGUCAGCUUCUUCGUGCUCAACAUGUUUGUAGGGGUGGUGGUGGAGAAUUUUCACAAGUGUCGGCAACACCAAGAAGCCGAAGAGGCCCGGAGGCGGGAAGAAAAGCGUUUGAGGCGCCUGGAGAAGAAGCGUAGGAAAGCACAGCGCUUGCCGUACUAUGCUACCUACUGCCCUGUCCGCCUCCUCAUCCAUUCAGUCUGCACCAGCCACUACUUGGACAUCUUUAUCACCUUUAUAAUCUGCCUCAACGUUGUCACCAUGUCUUUGGAGCACUACAACCAACCAGUGUCCCUGGAAACUGCUCUUAAGUAUUGCAACUACAUGUUUACUACAGUCUUUGUUUUGGAAGCAGUUUUGAAGCUUGUGGCCUUUGGACUGAGACGCUUUUUUAAAGACAGGUGGAACCAGCUGGAUCUAGCUAUUGUUCUGCUCUCAGUCAUGGGAAUUACUCUGGAAGAGAUUGAAAUCAAUGCUGCCCUUCCAAUCAAUCCCACCAUUAUCCGCAUCAUGAGAGUGCUUCGUAUUGCCCGAGUUUUGAAACUUUUGAAGAUGGCAACUGGGAUGAGAGCUUUAUUGGACACUGUAGUACAAGCUCUGCCACAGGUUGGGAAUCUUGGACUCCUCUUCAUGCUCCUUUUUUUCAUUUAUGCUGCUCUAGGAGUAGAGCUUUUUGGCAAACUUGUCUGCAAUGAUGAAAACCCAUGUGAAGGAAUGAGCCGCCAUGCCACCUUUGAGAAUUUUGGAAUGGCCUUCCUCACACUUUUCCAGGUCUCCACUGGUGACAACUGGAAUGGCAUUAUGAAGGAUACACUACGUGACUGCACUCAUGAUGACCGGAGCUGCCUGAGCAACCUUCAGUUCAUCUCUCCACUCUACUUUGUUAGCUUCGUGCUCACAGCCCAAUUUGUCCUCAUCAAUGUUGUAGUAGCUGUCCUUAUGAAGCACCUAGAUGACAGCAACAAGGAAGCACAGGAGGAUGCAGAAAUGGAUGCUGAGAUUGAGCUUGAGAUGGCACAUGGAUUGUGCCCUCAUAGCACUAGCUCACUGAAUCCUGGACAAGAUGGAGGAGGUGGGAAAAAGGACUCUGAAGGACAUCUAUGCAUGACAUGUUACUCUCCAGCACAGGAGAACUUAUGGCUGGACAGUGUGUCUUUAAUAAUUAAAGACUCCUUCGACGGGGAGUUAAUGAUCAUCGAUAACCUAUCGGGCUCCGUCUUCCAUCAUUACUCCUCGCCGGCCAUGUGCGAGAAGUGUAACCAUGACAAGCAAGAGAUCCAGCUGGCUGAAAUGGAGGCCUUAUCACUCAAUUCUGAUAAGUCUUCUAUCCUGCUAGGAGAUGAUGGAGAUAUUUCCAACAUUGACCAGCCAAGCCCUAAGGAAAAGGAUGGUGAAGACAGCCCUAAUUCUACAAGGAAUACAGGCUUGGAAGAAUGUCUCUUCCCUUUAACAAAUACAGGAUCUUCUCUGCCUCCAGAAAACUACCAGUAUGAAAUGGAAAAAAUCUCUUUCAGUCGAGCUCAGUCUUGGCUAAAUAAUGAGACCAACGAAGGUAGCCCCCUUGUUUUCUCCUGUCCAGAUGCACCCCAUUCUCUAUUGCCAGUUCAAACAGAGUUUUUUCUCCCCGUUGUUUCUGCUAAACUAUCAAAUCAGGAGAAAAUAUCUUGUCCAGAGAACCUUCCUAAAAUCUCUCUGCAAGCUUCCUGGGCCUCACUGCAAUCUCCAAAUGUAAACUCCUCGCUUAUUCACCAGACCACAGAGAGUGACACUUCCCUUGAUGAUGGCAGGAGCAAUAGCUCAGACGGCAGCUUGCAGACCACACUGGAAGACAGUUUAAACCUUAGUGACUCACCCCAGUGCACCCUGGAUCUCCCAGUAGUAUUAUGCCCAGUGCCAGCAGCCACUCAAAAAGCUUUGGUGGUCCCACUUUCCCCUGUCUCUCGAAGGCAAAGCAUAAGGGGACGUGGCAUCUUCACUCUCCAGAACAUCAGGAGGCACCAGCGGAGCCACAGCAGUGGAGGAAGCACUAGCCCAGGUUGUACUUAUCAUGAUUCCAUGGACCCUUCUGAUGAAGAAGGGAUAGGGAGCAACUUAAGGGGAGGAGGUAACAGCAGUGAGCAGUCAGAGACCCUCAGCAGUUUUUCUCUGACUUCUCUCUUUUCACCUCCUCCUCCAUCUCAAGCUCUGGCACUUGUGAAGAAGUGCAACAGCACCAGCAGUCUCCAUGCCAACUCUUCUUCACGGAGUUCUGCAGCAAAUGAAGCCAAGCAGUUCUACUCAGUUGACCCAAGGGGUUUUUUAUCUAUGCCAUCUUGGGUGACAGACUUCUGCAAGAACAGCCCUUCUCCAAGAGAGGGUGAUGUACCAGAGGGCUUAGACAAAAUUGGGACUCCAGACCACAGCCCCCCAGUUCCUUCUGAGCUGCAGCUGGGGACCAGAGUCAGCAAGAGACAUAGAUGA